GUUCACCAGUUUAUUUACUUUCGAACCGCGUGUAUUUUUCUGAUUAAUACGGACUUAUUUCUUAAGUUUAUUAAACCGCGACUAGUAGUUCCCGUAGUUCAAAGAUUUCGCCCAACCGGAAGUGGGUUUCCAUCGGUGUCUAACGUUAAAAAGCAGUUCCUCCAACAAGUUCCUUACCGGUCAUCAUCUUUCCUAGUCCAGAUGGCCGAAGCCGUGGAGCAGAAGAUCGGGGAAACAAAAACGAAACAUGAGGAACGUUACCAACAAAAGCGUAAACAGUGGAACGCCAAGAACCGGUACAAUGGCUCGGUUAAGAAGCGCAAAUGGGAAGACCCACCGGAGGACCCGGAAGCUGUGAGGAAUUUCGAUCCCGCCUCGAGGGUAAAGAAACGUAAGUGUGUCAUCAUUAUGGGCUACUCUGGGGUAGAUUAUCUGGGAAUGCAGCGUAAUCCGGGAACAAAAACGAUUGAGGAAGACUUAUUGGGAGCUAUGCUGAAGCAUAGCUGGAUUAGCGAGGAAGCUUUUGGCCAGCCGCAGCAGGUUCAGUUUAUGCGAGCUGCCCGGACCGAUAAAGGAGUGUCCGCAGCUACUCAGGUUGUCUCACUAAAGCUUCCGGAAAAUGUUGAUGUAGAAGCUUUAAACAGAGAUUUGCCGGAUCAGAUUAGGGUUUUCGCAGUUAAACGAGUCACAAAGGGUUUCAAUUCUAAGAGUAACUGCGAUGCACGCACUUACACGUACACUCUUCCGACGAUAGCUUUUGCCUCACAUGGAGAAAAGCCUGAUAUCAAUAGCUAUAGAGUACCCUCAGAUAUCUUGGACAAAGUUAACGAAACGCUGAAGAUGUAUGAAGGUACAAAAAAUUAUUACAACUUCACCAGCAAAAAAGAGUUCAUUGAUCCUUCGGCAAAACGUUUCAUUAUGUCAAUUGAAUGCAGCGAACCUUUCAUACCGGAAGAAACUACAGUAGAAUUUGCGACAAUCAAAAUUAAAGGUCAAAGUUUCAUGCUUCAUCAGAUCCGUAAAAUGGUGGGUCUAAUGUUGGCCGUAGUGCGAGGCCACACGCCUUCGGAAACAAUCCUAAAAGCGUUCGAGGAGCAGCGGUACGGAAUUCCGACUGCCCCCGGAUUGGGCUUGGUUUUGAAUCGAAUCCACUAUGAGAAGUAUAACGUGCGGUUUGGAGAGGACGGUUGCCACGAGCCGCUGGAUUUUGCAGCAGAAGAGCCUAAGAUUGAGGAAUUUUUCCGACGUAAAAUCGCUUCGACGAUCGUGGAAACGGAACUGAAAACUGGAUCGAUGGCCGAAUGGUUGGACACAUUACCGUUGCAUAGUUUCGAGCCAAGGGACGAGAAUGAAGUCAGCGAGUGGAAGAGUAAACAGAAAGCGAAAUCCGACGAUGGAGAUGAUGACGGGGACGAGUGAAGUUACUUGGUUGUUGAAUACUAAAUCCAUCUAGUAUAGGUAUUAUAGAACUAAUAAAACCAUUUU